AGAAGAAGCAGAAGAAGAAGAAGAAUGCGACCACGUUCUAUACUGCUCAUCUCUGUUCCGCUUGUCGCCGUGUUUCCACUCAUGAAUCGUGAACUUGUGAGAUGUAAGUGUUUUUUCUGUGUGAUUCAGUUUUUGUGUAUCGCUAUGCUCGUCUUCUGGCAGAUCACUUUUGAGCACACGACCGUCUUGCACUUCGCUUACAACCAAAACAAUUCACUUGGCAUCGCUUAUCCAGAACGCGCGGAGAACGCGACUGUAGUGAACCCGCACCCUUACAUGUUCAUCAUCAACAAGCCGAAGCUGUGCGAAGCUCCCGGAGAAGUCCUUGUGGUCGUCGUCGUUAUCACCGGAUCAACGCAUUUUGAGCAACGAAUCGCCAUCCGUGCCACCUGGGGAAGGGCAAGCUUACAACAAGGUUUCAAAGUCGCUAAUUUCAUUGGACUUCCGAAAGACAAGUCCAUCCAGCCCCUUAUCGAAGCCGAAGACUCCGUCUACAGGGACAUCAUCCAAGAGAACUUCACAGACACGUACGAGAACGGCACCCUCAAAUCCAUCAUGAUGGUUCGCUGGAUAACCGAGUAUUGCUCCAAAGCCAAGUUUGUGCUCAAGAUAGACGAUGACGUGAUGUUGAACCCCCGGAACUUAUGGGCGGAAGUGACGACGUCGUUACGAAAUUUCACCAUGACUGCUUGGGGUGUUCUGGCGAAAGGUCGAAAGCCGUUCCGCGAUCCUUCUAGCAAAUACUACCUUUCCCCCAGUAUGUACAAGAGCGAAGUUCUUCCAGACAUGCUAUUUGGACCAGCGUACAUGUUCACAGGAGACUGUGCCCCUGUGCUGUAUAAUCUCAGUUUUACGGUGCCUUUCCUUUGGCUCGAAGACAUCUACUUAACCGGGAUGGUCGCCAAGAAGGCCGGUAUACUUUUGAUAGAUCAUGCUGGUUUUUCUAACAGACGCAAGUUCAGUAUUUGGUCCAUGAGACGUCGGCAAAUAACUAGCCAUGGCUACAAGCCGUUGGAUAUGCUGAGAUCAUUGAGGCAAUUCGCUUUUUAGUUGCAACAUAGCUGCGAAUGACACAGUGAUGACACUGCGCUAAUACACUUAAUAAAAG